AAACCGUGAACGACGGAUCAAAACUUCUCCCUUGAAAACAGCAAUGAACAAUCCUUGGUGAAAAUGGAUUUCUCAAAGUUGGAAGCUUCUCCAGCUUUGAAGAAAUGUAGUAACAUUUCGUUAAACCUUUGCCAUUAGCACACAUUUAACUUCUUCUCUUCAUUUUUUUGCUAGAGAAAGUGGCAUAAACCAUGCUUAAAUCAAACCAUACAUUUUGUUAUUGUUAGAUAUCUGUCGUGGUCUUAACCUCUAAUAAUGUGAUGUAUUAGAUGUGUAUGCGCUAAGCAUUGUGAUUGUGUUAAGGUAAUGCAUCUAACUUUGGAACCUACUAGUGCGUGUGAUCCGAAGAAAAAUGAAAGAAACCUUUUGAAAUUUAGAUCAGUAUAUAUAUAUAUAAACGUUUAUAUAUAAAUAUGUUUAAUGAUAGAAGAAGAAGAUUCCAAAUGAAAAAGGAGAAGAACAAACAUUAGGCUUUCGUCAAAGAACAUUUGAUUUGAUUUUUAAUUUGUAUAUAUAGCCAAAUUUUUACAAACAAGGAACACACUUAGUCCACGUGAAAUAGAAAAGCGAAGAGUUAUAGCUUUUCAUGCCUAACCCGUCAUUUGUUCGUUUUUUUUUCUUUUGUAUAUUGUUUAAAUAAACUCCCUACAUGGAUGGGCAUCCGAUCUGAUUUAAUCCGUAGCCACCCAGAUAUUAGGUGUUCCAUAUAUCCAAAAAUUUUUUGAUUCGAUCCGUAAAAUAAAUAAAAUAUCAAAUCUAAAUAAAUAAUCUAAAAAAUAAAAUAUUAAUAUUUUAUUACAAUAAUAAAAAGUUAUUAAAAUUACAUAUAUAUAUAUCUUUAAAUAUAUAUAUAUAUAUAUGCAUGUAACAGAUCGAAUCGGAUAAAUGUUCCUAAAAGUAUUAGUAUUUGUGAUUUGCUUCGUUUUUUUACGGAUAUUGCAUAUUAAUAUUUACUUUGGUUUGAAAAGUUACGGAUGUCUAGAUAUUUUGGUUCGAAUCAAAACGGAUGACGAAUCAAAUAAAAUUUACGGAUAUUUUGCCCAGCCCACCUACAUGAACAAUGAUAAAUGAGAAUUAAACACUGCAGAUUAUUUUAACAUAAUUUUGGAUUUAACAAGUUUAAUUGAACGACCAGUAAAAUCUUAAGCUAUAAAAAAACUUUUUAAGAACCUACAAAGCAAAUCAAGCUGUUCAUUUUAGUAAUAUUAGGGGUUUGACUAUUCUAAUCAGAAUUUAGUAUGGUCAACAUAAAACAGGUAAAUUUCCUCGAAAAAUCUAAAGUUGAAGUAUGUAUGCAAGUUAUUUAAAUUUCUUAAAGACAGUAUUUCUUAAAGGGAUAGCCAGAAAUUUCUUAAAGACAGUAUUCUUUCUUGACCUAUAAAAUUUUAAUAAACCCCUGGCUAACCUUGAACUUUAAGUUUUAAAUUAUUCCAAAGAAUAUAAAAUUUGUUAUCAUAAAUUAUAACAAAGUCCGUCUGAUUAUGCCAACACUUAAACACCGAAUCACAUCAAAAUUCCACAGUUAAUCGUGUUUGACCAUGCAUGACUUUGUAGAAGUCUUCUCUUUUAAUUUUCAUAAAGAACACAUAUUCUUCAUAGAACCUUAUAGUCAAACCGAAUUACUUAUGAAAAAGUCAAUGGUCUUACGUACGAAUUUAUCAACUAUAAGUAGGAAACCUAUUCACGUUAAACAACUCAAUCUCAUCCACACUUAAAACAUAUCUUAGCUAGAGAGAGAUGGCUAGACACUUAGAAGAUGUAAUGAGCAUGGCGACAACAACACAGUUCCAUGUUAGUUACCUUGUUCAUGUUGUGUUCUUGGCUCUAUUAGGCUGCUGUGUCCUCUCGGCCGUAUUACUCUCUUGCGCCGAUGGAGCUUCCGACGACAGAGCCACUUCUGGUAACACACCCGCUGCCGGAGGUUGUGGCGGAGCCGGUUGCGGCGGUGGUUGUGGAGGUUAAGAGUUCCUUCAUCUUCAUCGUGGAAACAGAAUAAUAAUCGAUUAUUUUUCAUAUUAUGGUUUGUGUAGUCAGCUUACGUUUUAUUGUUAUACAGCUCUUUCGUUGCUUUUCUCAUAAUAUAAGAAUAGACCGUAUAAAUAAAUCGUAUUAUUAAAGCAUAAAAUACUAUUUCUUGAAUUUCGAUUUGAAGUUAAAAUACAUAAUGAUAUUAAUUUGUUGCUAAACAUUGCAUCUAAUUAAGAACACAAACAAAACUGGUACUAUCUUUGUUUUUUUCAUGAGUUGCUUUAUUUCUAAGCCAGAUCCAAAUCCUAUUUCGAAGCCUUAAUUUCAGGGGAGAAGAGAUUCAUAAUCCACAAAAAAACAAAACAAAUAUGAAAUUACCAUCAAAUCUUAGGAUCCCUCAUCCAGAAAAGUUUCUUCAUGCGUUGAUGUGAUUAGAUUCUUUAGACCUAAUGAUCUUGGCUUGUAGUUUCUGCAUAAAAUCUGGAUUGGCUUGGAGUCUUUGUUUCACAUUCAAAGUCUUUGUAGAGUGUGCUUCCUCGAAAUCAGAUUCAAAGUCUUCAUCUUUCACUCUUUGAAAGGUUGCUUUGGAGUGAAUCCAUCACUUUAUCAUCUGUAUCACCGUGUUUGUCAACAAGUCUUCUCUGUAGAAGUGCCUCAACAACUCCGUGCAAAGUGUCUUCAUUUCCUUCGUUGAAGUACUUCUCUAUACGUACUUUAAGCUCUGAAACCACCAAUAUCUUGACUCAUUUCAUCAAAUAAUUAACUGAAAUUCCAAAUCUUGAAUCGGUGGAUAAUAAUAAAAAACAGUACUUUACAUCUAUCUAUGUUGUAAGUAAAUAUGUUUUGUAGAUUAAAAAAGGUUUAUGUGAAGGUAUGAAGUUAUGUGGAACUCGUGUUUGAGUAGCA